CCCACCGCUGGCGUUAAACAGAGGAGCUUCAAGAUGGCGCAGGCAAUAUUUGAGGUUCUAGAAGGUAUGGACAAUCAGACGGUGCUCAAUGUCCAGUCACUGUUAGAUGGUCAGGGGGGAGUUUUGGAUCCAAACACACAAAACGUUUCAGGAACAACAAUCCAACCAAUGGAUGAUGAUGACGUGUUUCUCUGUGGGAAAUGUAAGAAGCAGUUCAACUCUCUGCCGGCGUUCAUGACCCACAAGCGUGAGCAGUGUCAGUCCAAUACCCCUUCUCUGGCCACGGUUUCCCUGGCCUCCAACAACACCUACACCUCCGUGCCCUCCAUCAGCGCCGCUAACAGACAGGUGUCCACAUACAUCACGGUGCCGCCGUCUCCGCUCACACACACUCUGGUGCAGGGGAACGUGCUGGUCAGCGAUGAGGUGUUGAUGUCCGCCAUUUCUGCCUUCAGCUCUCUGGAUCAGCCAAUGACAGCCAUGCAGGGUUCCAUACAGAGUAAUCUGAGCAUGCAUGCAGGAUCCUCGUACCUGCAGCCUCCUCAGCCCCUCCCCCAAGUGCAGGCCACGCCCCUCUCACAGGUAUCAUCUAGCAACAGCAGUUCAGUGGUGCAGGUGUACAGCGCACUGCCCCCGCUGACCGGAGCAGGAACUGCAGAGGUGCCCGCGCUCGGACUGCAGUCCUUUCAGUCCAUACAGUCCAUCCAGGUGCCCAGUCAGUGUGUGGAGGGUCAGGUGUUCAGUGCCGCGCCAGUUUACAGCCCAGGAAAACAGAGCACCAAAAACAAGGCAUGCACCAUCAGCACAAACCUGUCGGAGCUGGCAGAAUACGACAAGGUUAUCAUCCCCAAGAGGAGCAGGGUCUCCAAGAAAACACAGGAUGCAGGCCAAGCCAAAGGUAAAGCCCAGAAACUCAAGUGCAAUUACUGUGAAAAAGUGUUUACCAAGAACUUUGACCUCCAGCAGCACAUCAGAAGUCACACCGGUGAGAAGCCGUUUCAGUGCAUUGUUUGCGGUCGUGCGUUUGCGCAGAAGUCUAAUGUGAAGAAACACAUGCAGACGCACAAGGUUUGGCCUGCUGGAGUUCACAGCAGCGCUUCUCGGAUGCCUAUCACCGUCCGACUGCUUCCUCUGAACGCCGAGCAAAACACAGCGCAGGACGAGCAGACAGCGUCUGAAGAGCAUGAUGGAGAUGUGCAGGAGGCCCAGGUUCAGCCGGAAGACAAGCAGAGCAACUCAAAUAGCCUCAAUAAGCAGAUGAUCCUCAUCGACAGCUCAUACCAGUGCCAGUUCUGCUCUGACAAAUUCAGCUCUUACUUCCAGCUCAAGUCCCACAUGACGCAGCACAAGGGCGAGCAGGUCUACCGCUGUGUGCUGAAGAGCUGCUCGCAGACGUUUCAGAAGCUGGAUCAGUUCCUGGAGCACAUCCACACACACCAGGAGCAGCUGACAUACCGCUGCCACCAGUGCAGCAAAGUCUUCCCAUCGCUGUUUGAGCUCGGCCUGCACCAGUACACACACAGCUUCUGUCCACAGCAGAGCCAGCGCAAGGAGACCAGCUACUACAGGUGUAUGAAGUGUCAGAGUAAAUACUCCACACAGGAGGCUCUGGAGCAACAUCUGCUGAACGCCACACACAACUACCCCUGUCCACACUGCCAGAAGGUGUUUCCGUGCGAGCGUUAUUUCCGCAGGCAUCUCUCCACUCACGGUGUCGGGGGGAAAUUCAAGUGUCAGAUCUGUAAGAAGUUCUUCAAGACUGAGCACUACCUCAAACUGCACACGCAGAUCCACUCAGGAGAAAAGCCGUUCAAAUGCUCCGUCUGCGAGGCCACGUUUAACAGGAAGGAUAAAGUGAAGCGACACAUGCUGAUCCACGAGCCCUUCAAGAAGUACAAGUGUCCGUUCAGGACUCAUGUGGGCUGCACCAAAGAGUUCAACCGACCAGACAAACUCAAAGCUCACAUCCUCUCACAUUCAGGUAUAAAGCCGUUCAAGUGUCAGGUGUGUCAGAAGUCGUUCAGUCGGCGUGCUCAUAUGCUGGAGCACCAGCGCUCUCAUACGGACAACUACCGCUUCCGCUGCAGCACCUGCAGGAGAGGAUUCAGCCGACACCGAUACUACAGAGAGCACCGCUGCCCGCUGGCCACACAGGAGGAGGAUGGGACGCCCAAAGCAGAGCACAGCGCACACGGUUCUGGUUCUCCUGGUGUGGAUGGCGAUGAACGUGGAGAAACAGAGGAGGAGGAGGAGUGUGAGGAUCAUGAGGGCGAGGCGCAGCAGCAGAGCAUGAUGGGAAUGGAUGGAGGACAGGAGCAGGAGGAGAGAAAUGAAGGACUGCAGGACGAGAACACACUCACUGAGAUGCAGGAGGAGGACAGACUGAUGACCACUGAACCACUGUGCUUCCAGACCACAGACUGACCAUCGCACACUCAUUCACAUCACACCACAUACACACUAUCGACGAUUAACUAUACAGAGAGCAUUUAGGCCACAAUCCAAACUGCUCCAUUGACUUUCUAUAGAGCCUUUUCACAUUUGCGUGUUUCUCUGCAGCACAACUGGUCAUGAUUGGUCAACUCAGAGCGCAGUGAAUGGGAGAAUAGGGUAUAUGCCGAGCUAGUGCUGUUCCCAUGCUGAUACACUUCCGGUGACCUGUUAUUGUGAACUUUUUUCCAUUUCAUACGGUUUCUUAUACAGCAUCGAUGUUGUAAUGUCAUUAAAAUACAUUCAGUUAAA